GCAGAUGGGUUUGAGCUUUAAUAAAAGUCAGAAGCAAGCCUGUGCUUGUGAAAACCUGGGGUUGAGCUCCUUCGGUCAUCUCAUUUUUAUAAAACAUAUAGGAAAUCAACAAUAUGCAGAAUCUAAAAAUCGCAUAACCGUGUCUGCGUGCAACGACAUGUCAGACUGUUGAUGCUGUUAUACUGCUACAGGGAAUUUAACACAAAAUGGCAAGAAGAAAGCUUUGGCUAUAUUUCCAUGGAAACAGCAUCGCGUUUCGUAUUCCCAAACGACCAUGUUUCUGCUGGGUUUCGGUGAUUUGCAUGCUGUAUUUGCUGACACGGACUGACUUUGCGUGCUCAUCCUCCUGCGAUUGCUUUGAAAAUGCAAGGACUGUCACCUGUCUUGACAUGAACCUCAGUAAGUUACCACACGACAUCCCCAUGUGGGUUGAAACUCUGAAGAUGAAUGGAAACAAUAUUACAACUUUAACAAGAGGCGCCUUUGCAACAAACGGGACGUCGCUACAUCAUCUUGCCACUCUUUCGCUUUCUGGUAACAACGUUCAGUGUAUUGAAGCGUUCGCAUUUGAAGGUUUGCCCAAUCUCAAAACACUGGAUUUAAGCAGCAACAGGUUACUUUACAUAUCCGACGAUGCUUUUUUUGGGCUACACAAACUGAAUAUUUUAAGUUUGAAUACAUCUUUGUACUAUUCUGUUGGAAAUCAGAUCAUUAAUACUCUCACCUUUGAACGUUUGAGCAGUCUCACAAGGCUGGAGCUAUCAGGUAAUAAAAUGUCGAGUCUCCCUACCAAACUAUUUGCCUCGCAGAAUCUUAAAGCCCUCGAUCUGACCAAUAACUCCCUUAAGACUGUGGAAGCCGAGAUCAUUUUAAAAUGGUCACAACAUGAGAAAAUUCAAGUUUACUUACAGUUUAAUCCUUUGAUGUGCGACUGCAGCCUGGAAACGUUAUAUUUAUGGCUAGAGAACACAACCCAGGUCCCAGAUGCCGGUCACCUCAGGUGUUUUGGUCCUGAGCGCCUAAAUGGAACGCUAGUUUUGAAACUCAAAACGGAGGAUCUGCAAUGCGGAAAUGCGGAUUUGGAAACAGUGUCCUAUGUAUUCCUUGGUAUUGUAUUAGCGCUGAUCGGGGUCAUUUUCCUCAUGGUCUUGUACUUGAAUAGGAAAGGUAUUAAAAGAUGGUUGAACAACAUUAGAGAAGCAUGUCGUGACCAAAUGGAGGUAUAUCAUUACAGAUAUGAACAUGAUUCCGACCCUAGACUCGCCAGUGUUGCUGUAUAAUCAAUUACUGUAAAUGUAAUUACAGUAUAUAUAAGCUGGAUACUUAACAGCUGGAAGACAAAUACAAGUUCCCCACUACUGUAACUGCAAUCUGCUAGUUUAUGUUGAAAAAACUGAGUAUGUGUUUACUACAGUAAGAAAGUAAGGUGACUAUUGACUAUAGCGCAAUGUUCAUUUAUUGUUGUUUUAAGUUUGUAAAUUAUAGAUUAAAGUAAAGAGAUAAUAAUUCAAUCUUUGUAUCAUUUCUGUCACUUUUAAAACCGAAUGUGCAUUGUUUUCAAAUGUCAUAUUCCUAUAAACUGUAUUUUGCCACAACUCUGUCAUAUCACUAAAAGAUAGCAUUCAGCGGCAUGUGUGUUAUCCCCAAUAUGUAUAAAUUAUAAAAUCAAAUAGUGUCUC